AUGGGCUUGCUAUCAAUCAUACGAAAGCAGAAGGUGAAAGACAGGGAAAUCCGGAUGCUUGUUUUGGGUCUUGAUAGUGCAGGGAAAACAACCAUAGUCAGAAAGCUAAUGGGAUGUGAUCCCACAGAAGUGGCACCCACUAUGGGUUUUCAGAUCCAAACGUUUGAGUGGAAAGAUUAUACCAUCAACGCAUGGGACAUUGGGGGCCAAACAUCACUCCGAGCAUUCUGGGCCAACUAUUUCGACAAGCUGGAUGUUGUUGUGUGGGUAGUGGAUGUUACUAGUGUAGACAGACUACGAGAGCUGUAUAAAGAGCUUCGAGAAAAGGUGAUCUUGCAGGAUCAACUAUCAGGCACCUAUUUCUUGCUCUUGAUCAAUAAGAUCGACAUGAUAUCUCCUAAAGAGCGCAAAAAACUGGAGUCUGCAGUGGUGCAAUCUCUAGGGUUGCUGGAAGAGCUACAUCAGGACAACUAUUUAGUGUGUUCAGUGUCGGGAAUCACCGGAGAAGGGUUGGAUAAAGCUAUGGAUUGGGUUAUUUCUAAGGACAUUUGA